GCUAAACCCAGAGAGAAAGCAAAAGAGCACACAUGGCGACAAGAAUCAAAAUGCUCUUGUCUCUUGCCAUCUGUGCCGUGCUCGCACUCGUGCACCUUCCGUUCACCACGGCUGGCGGCGGCGAGGUGGCGGCGCCAUUUGACUACAAGAAGGCGCUCCACAGCAGCCUCCUCUACUUCGAGGCACAGCGAUCGGGCCGCCUGCCGCACAACCAGCGCGUCAAGUGGCGCGGCCACUCUGGCCUCGCCGACGGCCUACAGCAGGGCGUGGACCUCGUGGGCGGGUACUAUGACGCCGGCGACAACGUCAAGUUCGGCCUGCCGAUGGCGUUCACGGUCACCAUGCUGUCGUGGAGCGCCAUGGAGUUCGCGGACGACAUCACUGCCGCCGGCGAGUGGCGGCACGUGCUGGAGGCCAUUAAGUGGGGCACCGACUACUUCGUCAAGGCGCACACCGAGCCGUACGUGCUCUGGGCCGAGGUUGGCGACGGCGACACCGACCACUACUGCUGGCAGCGGCCCGAGGACAUGACCACGUCGCGGCAGGCCUACAACGUCAACCGCACCGCCGGCGGCAUGCUCUUCGUCCGGCAGUGGAACAACAUGCAGUACGUCACCAACGCCGCCUUCCUCCUCACGGUCUACUCCCGCUACCUCACCUCCGCGGGCCAGGAGCCGCCGGUGCUGCAGUGCCCCGACGGGCCGGCACACGCCGACGAGCUGCGGUCCCUGGCACGAGCGCAGACCGACUACGUCCUCGGCGCGAACCCUGCCGGCGUGAGCUACUUGGUCGGGUACGGCCAGCGGCUCCCGCGGCGGAUGCACCACCGUGGCGCGUCCAUCGUGUCCCACCGCGGCGACGGCAGGUUCAUCGGGUGCAUGCAGGGGUACGACAACUGGUUCCUCCGGAGGGGGGCGAACCCAAACGUGGUCAUCGGCGCCAUCGUCGGCGGGCCGGACCACCUCGACCGGUUCAGGGACAGGCGCGACAACUACAUGCAAACGGAGGCGUGCACGUACAACACCGCGCCCAUGGUUGGCAUCUUCGCACACUUGCACGGCGAAACGGCCAUCAUGAAGAAAAGCUGAACAGGAAGAAGUUCUAAGAUUAGUGUGAAGUUUUACAAAACUGGUCUAGGAUGUUUUUUGUUGGUUUAGUUAACUGCUUAGAUUGUUCAUAUUG